AGGCACUGUUUUUACUCGACAGCCUUUGGAAAUUAACAGGACAGAAUGGUUUGGCUCCUCACUCUAAUAUUAGGACUGCCUCUUCUCCAGCACCCUGUCACUUCCCUUGGCUCCAACUUAACACAACCCAUAAGUCACAACCACCUGAGCAUCCAGGCAAUUGGUGACUUUCCAAAAACUCUACCUGCAUCACAUAACACAAGCUGGACUGAGGAAAGAAAUGACAACAGAUUUACCAAAGGCCUGCUUUUACCCCUUCUGCCUAACUUGAGCACAGAUGAGGGAUCUGGAGGAAGUGGACUUCAGCAGAGCCUUGGGGUUAUCCUGCCCUCUACUGGUCUACUGGAGAUGGACAUGUUAAUUCCAGACAGAGCAGAGAAACAGGAUUUUGACAUGCAAGAGUUAGGUGCUCACCCUGCCCCUCCAACUCCACUUAAACUAACCCAGCAUAUUGAUGAAGAUGAUCAAGAUAUAAAUUUAGCAAAUAAUAACAGUGCCUCCGAUCAAGCUACUUCCACAAUGGCUGUUCAAUUGACUACACACAUCCACACCCACAUGCAUAACAAUGAGAGACUGAACAAAGACCAACCUUUGUUGACAACCAUCAAACCAAUUAUAGAGACAAACAGCACAGGAAAGUCUCUGGUCAAUAUGUAUUUAGUGACAUUUAAUAUAGAUAUAGAAGUGAACAACAAAGAAGACAUGGAGGCUUCUCAAGAUAGAGAGUAUGUUGCAUCCACACAGAAUUUACGCUCAACCACAAAACCUGAAAUUUUGGGAAACAAUGGCACCCUUGUGACACAGUCUGGCUCCAUUCAAGGGUUCCUUGAUCUCACAGUGGGAGAGGAACGUUAUGGCACCAACCAUCCGCCUGCAGCCACACCUCCAUUACAAACUGGUAAGGAGAGACGUGAAGAGACGACAUCUGAUUUACCAGUAGGGUCAUCAUCCACAACUCUAUCUGUUUCACAGACAACAAAUAAAGCCAUAGAUUACUCAAAAAACAAAGAUGAUGAAAAGCCAAAAUGGUUUGGAAAUUUAUUUGGACUAUUAACAGAGCAUAACCUGUCUGAUGUCAUAGGUACAUGCAUACUAGGCCCAUGUGUGGUCUCCACUGGUGGCAAUGUGACUCAGCUACAGUGGGAGGACUUAAAACGAACACUAACCUUUGCUUGGGAGCUCCAUGUUUAUGGCUCAGCUGUAUUGUUUCUGUUGGUGAUCAUAACUGCAACUUUGGGAGUGAUUGGUGGGGCUAAUAUGCUCCAUCCGUUUUGCGAGGCCUUCACCCUUGCUAACAUCCUACUUCUGCUAGCAGGUCUGCUACGAUUUGUACAGCUCAUAGUUGACCCAUAUGGUUCCAGAAAUAUUCUGCCUCGCCCUACCCUCACUGCACUGUAUAACUUACCUGUUCCUUUAUUGCUUUGGGCCCAAGCCACAUUGGCACUUCUUGCUCUGAGAGAAGAAACAUCACAUCAGCGGCUUUUAGUGACUGGGGUGCUGGCAACACUGCACUGUACCUCCCUCACAUUGGCUGACCUGCUAUCCAAAACCUUAUCGCCAGCACUGCCAUUAAUGCUACAGACACUUACUAUUUGUUGGGGGUUACCGCUUUGUUUAGGAAUCUUUUUCCAGUCUCUAAAGCAACUCUACUCCUCCCACAGGACCCCACUACCAAGGUGGAGUGCCCCUAAGUGCUUAGAAAACAGUGUCAGGCGUGUGCUGUUGCUGUGUGCCCUCCUCGGAGUGCUCUCUUGUGCACUGCAAAUCUAUAGUUUUCUCUGGCUGUAUGGGUUACUUGGUGACUGGCGCAGAUUUGGGUGGGGCUGGUGGCUCGGGCAGCUCUCUGCACGACUGCUUGAGCUGGCCUGGAGUUUCUCUCUUUUACUACUGGGAUCUCGGGUGUUCUGGAGACCAAAAGGAAGUAAGCAGACAGCUAAGAAAGCAGGGAAGAGGAAACCGUUGUCACAGUGGAACGGGCUGUUGGACAGGUUACCAAUGUGCCCUUGGAGGAGACCGGAUAGGAACUGGGCUGAACUGUUGCCGAAUAACCUGAAAGAUCACAAGCAAUCUCGUGCAAAUGUCAGCCAUUCGGUCAUCCGAAACCAAGCAACACCAGUGACCUCAAUAAUGACUGUGCAUGACAAUGUUGCAAGUAUUGGCGGAGGCAUCCUAUACAGCAGCAGUUAUGACCAUCACGCCUAUCCUCUGUGGACUAGUGGUGUGGAAUGGCAAGAACACGAGUGCUUUCUUUCACUUUUUGAGUUUGACCUUCACCCCCCUUCACCGGUCAACCUCCAUCACAGCAUCGAUAAGGCCCUCCAUCAUGCCAACUUACUUGGUGUUGGUACCCUUUUCACCCCUUCAGUAACCUCCUGGACCCAAAAUGAAGGAUCAGGUGGACUAUUCUCUGAUAAUGUUGUAUCACCCUCCUCCCCAACUAACAAAGUCUAUAGCUGGGCUUUAGAGAAUGACUUGAGUCCUAACUCCACUCAGCAUCUUGGCACUGCAAUACAACAGACUCAAGUGUCUGUGAGUGAGUCCCCGGCUUCCUUAACUCCAGAGACUGUUAGAAAAGUGUGGGAGAGACAUAUGGCCAUUCCAAGAGUCACUCUGGAUGAUGACUGCACCAGCAUAGCGAGUGAAGAUGACGUCACUAGUUUUUGA